CGACAACUUGACAUGUAGCCAACGUCACCAUGUCCAAAAAGCCAGUAAAGGGCGAGUAUAUCGAAACCGACACGGGCAACAAAGUCUCGCGGCGCUCCCAGAUCAUCGGCACAACCAACAUCAUCCUCGGCGGCAAGACAGUCAUCCAAGCCGAAGUCAUCAUCCGCGGGGAUCUCCUCCGGACGUACCCGCCCUCGAACCCGAGCGAGAAGCAGGGCAAUCCCGUCGCGGUUGCGAUCGGCCGGUAUUGUUUCUUCAGUCGGGGCUGUGAGCUGCGACCGCCGGGGAAGCUAUACAGAGGCACCUUCUCUCACUACCCCCUCAAGAUCGCAGACCAUGUCUUCGUCGGCCCUGGCUCCAUCGUGGAAGCCGCGCUUAUUGGGUCCCACGUACAUAUCGGGUCCAACGCCGUGGUGGGCAAGUUCGUCAUCAUCAAGGACUUCGUGCGUAUCCUAGACGGUGCCGUUGUCCCGCCCAACAUGGUGAUCCCGAGCUUCUCGAUUGUCGCCGGGAGACCGGCCCGCGUCGUCGGUGAGAUUGCAGAGGGCGAGAUCGAGGGCUUUGAUUUGAGGGAGGUGUAUCGAUCGGUGGGGAAUGCGUGAGCGUGCAGGAGUGUGCGCUGGG